AUGUCUACGAUACUCCUCGCACCAGAAGAGCCCAUUGUCACGACGAACCAGCAUUUCUCUGUCGAUGCUGACGGCAAGAAGGUCGUCGACCUCUCCUUUCAGUCAGAAGGGAUAGGCUUGCCCGCUGAGAAGGGUUACGGCUGGGCGCAACUCGAGUUUGGCGAAAAGAUUGGGUAUGACCAACGAUACACGAUCGCUCGCAAGUUAGGUUGGGGGAAGAACUCUAGUACUUGGCUUGCGUGGAACGAAGUACUCAAUAAAUACGUGGCCGUCAAGGUACUGACUGGCCACGCGACAGACCUGCACGAGCGCAAGAUGGCAUGGGAGGAAGAGGCGCUCAAACGGCUGACAUUCCCCUCGGAAUCAGAUAAUUGCGUUCACAUAUUGGAAUACUUCACGAUGAAAGGACGCGGCUCAGCAGUUAAACGUAUCCUCCUACACCUUCUCCGUGGAAUUGCUUUCGCACACGAACGUGGGAUCGUCCAUACGGACCUCAAAUUUGAUAAUGUCUUAUUUACAACGCCUGCCACGACCAGCGAUAUCGAGAAAUGGAUCCAGGAAGACCCGCCACGGAGAAAUCCCCCAGAGCUUUCAAGUGACGGCGUGCUCCGAUCUGCGGUAUCCCAGCCAAUGAAACUACCGUCUGAGGAGGAGGCGCUGCGCGCUACCUACGUCCUUGCAGAUUUUGGUUGCGCUCUCCCUUCUAAACACCACGCCAAUUGUACCAUCACUCCCAUCCUUCUGAGAGCACCGGAAGUCCUCCUAGGCGGGGAAUGGGACACACCAGCUGACAUGUGGUCGUUUGGUUGUCUGGCCUACGAGCUCAUCACCAACGAAGUUCUAUUUCGGUAUAGAACCCUCGAGAUAUUUGACCUAACGGAAGACGAGAAUUUGUUGUAUCAAAUGAUGAUCUUUUCGUGCGAGGUAUUUCACUCGACUCAACUUAAUGUCUGUCCGCUAGCGGGCGAGUACUUCAACCCCGAUUGUCAGCUGAAGAAGGCGCCACCUCUGGGGAUACAGCCCAUCCAUGACCUGAUCUCCCAACACAAGGUUAUGCCAGAUGCCGAACUUCGCGUUGCCGGGAACUUCAUUCAACGUUGUUUAUGCCUGAAGCCCGAGGAUCGUGCUACAGCCGAGGAUCUCCUUGAGGAUGAGUGGCUGCAGGGCAUUGAAUAG